AUGGUGCGCUCGGCGUCCAUUAUUAGCCAAGCUUCUGGCUCGUCGACCAGGGCCAUCGCACCUGAAGCGAUGGACAUGGCGGAAAGCAGGAGCAUGACGACAGCGCAGGAGCAGCAGAAUGUGUGCGGGAACUUUACCACGACGCGUGCAUAUAAUCUCACGCAACGGCCGCGGCAACCUUCUGCGACCUCCACUUCGCUGUCGUGUCCGUCCAUGGCCCAGUUCGGUUGCGAACAAGAGCUGAAAACAAAUAGCGCCAGGGCGCUCGGACUAAUUGGCCAAAGGCAAACGACAAUAUGA